AUGGCCUGUAAGGUGGGCACAGCUUUUCCGAGCCAGGCUAUAGGGAAAGAUGGUAGGUGCACGAUCGAGCUUAUGUCAGUCAGGCCGAGGACGGUACAGGACUCGAACGGAACCAAGGAUCCUACUUUGUUAGUCAGAGUUCAUGCUAAUGAAGCGUGGAUCGGGACCAUUAGAGAGCGAAGCUUACAGCGGUUUUCCCGCGGACGUGAAGGCGAGUUUGAAUGUAGUGUUUUAGUUGAGCGCGAUGAUAUUACUCCACCGGCUUCGGCUUGA